AUGAGUCCUCUGGGCCAGGUUAGUGUGCAGCCUACCUGGAACGCAGCCCUGCUCGCCGUGCUCUCCCUCAUGGUGCCUGCUCUCAGUAUGUGCCAGUCCACAGGCCCCGCAUUGGGCUCGGCUAACCCACAAAACUGUCCAGGUGUGUGCUCCUGCACUAACCAGCUCGGCAAGGUGGUGUGUACCCGCCGAGGCCUGAUUAGGGUUCCUCCUAACAUCCCAGCGAACACCAGGUACCUGAAUCUGAUGGAAAACAGCAUAGAGACUAUACAGGCAGAUACCUUCAGGCACCUGCAUCACCUGGAGGUACUGCAGUUGGGCAGAAAUGCUAUCAGACAGAUUGAAGUGGGGGCUUUCAAUGGCCUGACCAGCCUCAAUACCCUGGAGCUGUUUGACAACAGACUGACAGUCAUACCCAGUGGAGCUUUUGAGUACCUGUCAAAGUUGAGAGAGUUGUGGCUUAGAAACAAUCCCAUUGAGAGCAUCCCCUCUUAUGCCUUCAAUCGUGUCCCCUCCCUCAUGAGACUGGACCUGGGAGAACUGAGGAAGUUGGAGUACAUCUCUGAUGGGGCAUUUGAGGGUCUUCAAAACCUCAAGUACCUAAACUUGGGCAUGUGCAACCUGAGGGAGUUUCCUCAUCUUUCACCACUGGUAGGAUUGGAGGAACUAGAAAUAUCAGAGAAUGUUUUCCCUGAACUGAAGCCUGGGGCCUUCCGUGGGCUUAAGAAUUUACGUAAACUGUGGAUUAUGAACUCUGCUAUCACAACUAUUGAGAGGAAUGCAUUUGAUGACAUCACAGCCUUGGUGGAGCUGAAUUUAGCCCAUAAUAACCUGUCAUCCCUCCCCCAUAAUCUUUUCACCCCUCUACAGUACCUGGUGGAGCUACACCUGCACCACAACCCUUGGCGAUGUGACUGUGAUGUAGUGUGGCUCUCCUGGUGGCUCAGAGAAUACAUUCCCACAAAUUCCACCUGCUGUGGACGCUGCCACACCCCAGCCCACAUGAGAGGACGAUACUUGGUGGAAGUUGAUCAGACCACCUUUCAGUGUUCAGCACCAUUCAUACUCGAUGCUCCUAGAGAUCUCAACAUCUCAGCAGCAAGGGUGGCAGAACUGAAGUGUCGCACAGCUGCCAUGAGCUCAGUCCGAUGGCUUCUCCCCAAUGGGACUGUAUUGACCCAUGGCUCAGCUCACCCACGGAUAUCUGUCCUUAAUGAUGGGACACUCAACUUCUCCAACAUCCUCCCAUCAGACACAGGGGUCUACACCUGCAUGGUGAGCAACAUGGCAGGAAAUUCCAAUGCUUCAGCCUAUCUAAAUGUCAGCAAUGCAGAACUCAACACAUCUAAUCUGUCCUAUUUUACCACUGUAACUGUGGAAGUUUUGGAGCCCACAGUGGAGGAGACCCCUAAACCCAAGCCUACUAUCCCUGCCUCGCCCUCUGUCUUUCAGCCUGUCUUCAUCUCCACACCUACUGUGUUGUUCCAAAACACUCAGACUCCAAGGCAGGUGUCAAUCCCCACUGCCAGAGUCCCUAGUGGACCAGCCACCAGCCUGGAUGAGGUGAUGAAAACCACCAAAAUCAUCAUUGGCUGUUUUGUUGCUGUUACCUUGCUGGCAGCCGCCAUGUUGAUAGCAUUCUAUAAGUUGCGUAAGCGGCAUCAACAGAGGAGCACGGUGGCAGCAGCCAGGACCAUAGAAAUCAUACAGAUGGAGGAAGAAGUUCCUCCUGUUCCACCACCCACCUCCGGAUCUAGUGGCUCUGAUGACACAGGGUUGGUAUUGCCUACAUUAGUAGAACACAACAGCAACACCUUUAAGCCUGGGUACGUGUCCUCCUCCUCAUCCCGCCAAGGGGGCUACGGAGCCCACUGGACCCAGAACAACUCUCUCCAUCGCUCAGUCAGACAGCAUCACAGCCACAUCAGCACCAUUGCUGAUCCCUACAUCAUUAAGACUUCUCAUGGCAAGGAGAAGGUUCAAGAGACUCAGAUCUGAGUAAUACUCCCUAUGGAUCUAUCUCUGA